UCUUCCUUGAUUGUAUCAAAUUCAAUUUUUUUUAGGUGGAUGAUGCACCUCCUUCUGUGAAGCGUCUAAAAGUGCACUCAAAUUUCUACUUCAUUCAUUUUUUUUUUGUUUUUUUAAUGUGUUUGGUUACUAAAUUAAUAUUUUUGGUAGGUGAUACCUCCUUUUCUAAAACGUCCAAGGAUUCACUCAAAAUUCUACUUAUCUUUUUUUUUUUCUUGGGGUUUUUGCUAAGCGUUUGAUGAGUAAAUUGAUUCAUUUUUGGUUCUUUUUGAUUGGUGUGAAUUGUUUUUUUAGGGAGAUGACUAGGUGGAUACUUUGGAAAAAAAAAUCGAUGCUGCCAUCUAAGAAUUCAAAGGAGUUACACUCAACUGAUCAACUAGAACUUGAAGCUGGCAACGUAGCUGACCAAAAAGUUAACAACACAGCUGACGAAAAGGCUGAGGCCGCGGCUGACGGAAAAAUUGAGGCUGCAACUGACGAAAAAGUUGAUGCUGCGGCUGACGGAAAAGGUGACGCUGCAGUGGACGGUGAAGUUUUUACACCUUCCCCAGUAGGUUUUGUAUUGGACAAGCCUUGGUGCCGACUCAUAUCAGAGUAUCCGGAGGUUUUAGAUUAGUAGUAUUUGUUUUUAUUUAACUAUUUUUCUGUUGAAUAUUGGUUUGUAGAUUUGAUAUCUAAUAGAAUGUAUAUUCUGCAGAACCCAACAGUAGAGGAUAAUAAGACAUUUUGGCGGUUGGUACGAACAAAGACACUCCUGUUGCGAAGACGUUCUUUAUAAGGCUUGUAAAUGUAGUGCUCUAAAUUUGGACUGCCUUGACUUUC